ACAUGGCUUUACCCGGCAUUGGGACCGUUACCAAAACCUCCUUCACUCUCCUUCCACCUCUUUCCUUCUGUCCUCUCCAUCGGAGCUCCUUCGCCGCCUACGAGGCUCUAGCGAAGCCAGACUUCCUCUCCGACAAUGGGCAUCGAGAUCAAGCUUCCUCAUCGCCUUCCACCUCUCCUUCUAAUGUGAAAGGAACCGAGUGCAUCAGAAGGUCGCUAUGGAAGAAAAUGAGUUCGAAGGAGCUUGGGAUUAAAAAAUCAAUGAUAUCAAAGCAGACGAGAUCCGUUCUAAGUGAGCUAAGGAGGAGAGGGUAUGAUGUCUACUUAGUCGGAGGCUGUGUUCGGGACCUUAUCAUGAGAAGGGUUCCUAAAGAUUUUGAUAUCAUAACCACUGCGAAUCUUUCAGAGGUUCUUGCGUGGUGCUCUUGUG